CGUAAAAAGCAAACCCAGAGAUGGUUAGUCACACGAAAAAUGCAACAUUCAACUUUCAGCUCACCAAAACUAAACCGAUGCAGCUAGCAGCGCACAAACAAACUCUGCCAUAUAACUUCAUUCCCACAUCCAACUGCAACACUCCCUGCAAACAUGACUACAUCCUCCAACUCUUCUACCUCUGCCCAAGACUUCCCUUCGCGGGGCAUUCCGAUUCUUGUCUUGUCGGAGAUUCAAAUGGUGGAGUUGAUCCUUGCUCUAGUGGUUUUCUUGGCGAUACAUUCGCUGAGGCAGGAGAAAAAGCAUGGGUUGGCAUGUUGGCCAGUUGUUGGGAUGUUGCCUUCUUUGGUGCUUGGUGUUCAGAAGGAUCUCUAUGAGUGGAUUUCUGGUGUUCUGUGCCGAACGAAUGGUACGUUUACCUUCAGAGGCCCGUGGUUCACUAAUCUCAACUGCGUGGUGACCUGUGAUCCCAGAAACCUGGAGUAUCUACUCAAGGAAAAGUUCUCAAACUUUCCGAAAGGAGGGUAUUUCCGGAACACGGUUCAAGAUCUUCUUGGCAAUGGGAUAUUCAGUGCAGAUGGGGGGAGUUGGCAUAGCCAGAGGAAGACAGCAGGAAUUGAGUUCCACUCUUCGAAAUUCCGGAGCCUCACAGCUGAAUCUCUGCUGGAACUUGUCCACCAGAGGCUCUUGCCUGUCCUGGAGGAGUCCAUCAUCAGCCAAUCGGCUGCGGAUCCCCUUGAUCUGCAGGACAUUCUCCUACGCUUCACAUUUGACAAUAUCUGCAUGAUAGCUUUUGGGGUUGAUCCCGGGUGCUUGCAGCCUGGUCUGCCAGAAAUCCCAUUUGCCCAGGCUUUUGAAGCUGCCACAGAGGCAACCAUCAUGCGGUUUGUGAUCCCUACAUUUAUAUGGAAGGCCAUGAGGUAUCUGGGCUUGGGGACAGAAGGGGACCUGAAACUAUCACUGAAGAAGGUCGACCAGUUUGCAGACGAAGUCAUCAGGACAAGGAAGAAGGGGCUGUCUUUGGCAUCACCCGAAGAGACACUUCAUCAGUGGCACUAAGCUGGUUUUUCUGGUUAUUGAAUCAAAAACCAGAGGUGGA